AUGCAUAGUCCGACGACACCGCCAGCAUGUAGAAGGUCUUGGUCCAUCAGUGAAGAGUCACUGAGGAGGUACGUGCAUUUCGCAAGCGAGAGCUGCAUACAAGAAUUGUUAUCAGCCUCCACCUCCGGCUCCGACCUUCCCACCAACAGCGGCGACAGCCUGCAGAACAUCCAUGGUGGAGUGGAGAUCUCCAAACGCAGGGGUUCUGGUGGGUCAUCGUUUCCUGCCUUCCGCAGCCGGUGUCUCCUGAAAUCGGUCUCGCCUCAACAGUUCACCUCUGUUGCCAAUGCUAUUGAUGCUGCUAGGCAAUGGGACACGGAUCUAGUGGAAGCAAGGUACAUAAAAGAAAUGGACGACAACCUGAGCAUAGUCCAAUUGAGGUACGGGGACAAGUCGAGGCAGCCACUGUUCAGGAACAGGGAGUUCGUGGUCUACGAGAGGAGGGAGACUAUGGAAGACGGGACGCUGGUUGUAGCAGUCGCGUCGCUCCCCAAGGAGAUGGCCAGCAGGGCGAAGAAGGCGAGGAGCAACGCGAUCAGAGGACUAGUGCUGCACUCGGGCUGGGUGGUGGAGAAGCUCCAGCACGACUCAUCUUGCUGCAUGGUCACGUACGUCGUCCAGCUCGAUCCAGGAGGUGCCGGAUGGCUACCCAAGUGCUUCGUCAACCGGCUCAACACCAAGCUGGUCAUGGUCGUCGACAGGCUCCGUUUCAUCGCCCAGUCGCUCCCGCAAAUUCCUCACUCGCUGUUGCCAGACCAUCAUCACGAACAGGAGUGA